AGCAUCUCCCCCUUCCCUUCCCCUCGUCACCCUCCUUCCCCUGUUUCCACCCCACCCUCCCCUGCUUUUUCUCAGGAGCUUGUUUUGGAGCCUGUGAUGAAGCGGGCAAAGUAUGAGAACAUCCGGCACACAAAUAUGCUCAAGCAAGUCAACCACCAUCACAACACUGUCUUGAAGCAGUGGCGGGCUCUGGGACGCUUGUUGACUUCUCAGCGCUCCGCGUGGGCUGAUCGGAACCCUCCUGAGAUCCACUGGAAGCUGUCUAACGUGGAGACCUACUCCCGAAUGAGGCUCAAGCUGGUUCCCAAUCACAACUUUGACCGCCAUGGGGAAGCGAGCGCCCUCCGGGACAACCUCGGCGCUGAUGGCUUGCACAACCCAACAGAAUCCCUGCCUUUAGCAGUUGCCAAGGAAGCCAAGGUCAGCGAGAUGCAGGAUGAUCAACUGGGAGAAGAAGAUCUCUCAUUCUUGGAUAAUCACCUAGAGCCCAAAGAGCAAAGCCAGCGGGAGAAGCUCCUCAUCUCAGAGGACUGUGAGCUCAUCACCAUUGUGGCUGUGAUCCCGGGACGCCUGGAGGUCACCACCCAGCAGAUCUAUUUUUACGACAGCAGCAGUGAGAAGGAGGAGACCGAGGAUGGAAUCGGGCACGACUUCAGGCGCCCCCUCUCUCAGCUGCGGGAGCUGCACCUUCGCCGUUACAACCUGCGACGUUCAGGCCUGGAGUUCUUCUUCAUCGACCAGUCAAACUAUUUCCUCAACUUCAAGAAAAUGGUUAGGAACAAGGUCUACUCAUCCAUUCUCAGCCUGCAGCUUCCCAACCAGAUUUAUCUAGGCAGCCGUUCACCGCAGGACCUCCUAAAAGCCUCUGGACUGACUCAGAAAUGGGUGUACAGGGAGAUCUCCAAUUUUGAAUAUCUCAUGCAGCUGAACACGAUUGCAGGGCGCACCUACAAUGACCUUUCUCAAUACCCCGUGUUUCCCUGGAUCCUGCAAGAUUACGUCUCAGAGACACUGGAUCUCAACAACCCAGCCAUUUUCCGGGAUCUUUCCAAGCCCAUCGGAGUAGCCAAUGAGAAACAUGCCAAGGAUGUCAAGGAGAAGUACGAGAGCUUUGAGGACCCCACGGGCAUGACUGACAAAUUCCACUACGGCACUCACUACUCCAACGCAGCCGGAGUCAUGCACUACCUGAUCCGCACAGAGCCUUUCACCACCCUGCAUAUCCAGCUACAAAGUGGGAGGUUCGACUGCUCCGAUCGCCAGUUCCACUCGGUCCCUGCCGCCUGGCAGGCUCGCUUGGAAAACCCGGUGGAUGUGAAGGAAUUAAUCCCAGAGUUCUUCUACUUCACGGAUUUCCUGGAGAACCAGAACGGCUUCGAUCUCGGCUCUCUUCAGAUAUCGAAUGAGAAAGUGGGGGACGUGGUCCUUCCCAGAUGGGCCACGUCCCCGGAAGAUUUUAUCCACAAGCACCAGCAAGCCCUUGAAUCCGAGUAUGUCUCGGCCCAUCUGCAUGAAUGGAUUGACUUGAUCUUUGGGUAUAAGCAGAGGGGCCCAGCAGCUGUGGAGGCUCUGAAUGUCUUCUAUUAUUGCACUUAUGAAGGGGCCGUCGACUUGGAUGCGAUCGCCGACGAAACCCAACGGAAGGCCGUGGAAGGCAUCAUCAGUAACUUUGGGCAGACCCCCUGCCAGCUGCUGAAGGAGCCGCACCCAGCCCGUUUGUCGGCUGAAAAUGCCUCCAAGAGACUCUCUCGGCUGGACACCUAUUCUCCAAAUGUUUUUGAGAACCUGGACCAGCUCAAAUCCUUCUUCGUGGAAGGCAUCAGUGAUAGGAUCCCGCUUGUCCAGGCUGUAGUCCCCAAGAGCCAGUCUCAUUCUUUCAUGACUCAGGGAUCUCCUGAUAUGAUGGUCACAGUAAGUGCAAAUGGGCUGCUGGGAACUCACAGCUGGUUGCCAUAUGAUAAAAACAUCUCCAAUUACUUCAGCUUCACCAAAGACUCCACUGUCUCCAAUCCAAAGACACAGCGCUACCUGCACGGCCCCUUUGCUCCCGGGGCAGAGCUGUCCUCCAAGUCACUGGUGGUCUCUCAUGAUGGCAAGCUCCUCUUCAGUGGUGGUCACUGGGACAACAGCCUGCGGGUCACCUCCCUGAGCAAAGGAAAGGUGGUGGGACACAUCAGUCGUCACUUAGAUGUUGUCACUUGCCUGGCCUUAGAUCUGUGUGGAAUCUACCUCAUUUCUGGAUCGCGAGACACCACCUGCCUGGUCUGGCAGGUCCUCCAGCAGGGUGGCCUGUCUUGCGGCUUAGCACCCAAGCCAGUGCAGGUCCUCUACGGACAUGAAGAUGAAGUCACGUGUGUUGGCAUCAGCACUGAGCUGGACAUGGCCGUGUCAGGGUCCAAGGACGGCACCAUCCUUGUGCAUACCAUCCGCCGAGGGCAGUUCAUGAAGUCACUGAGGCCCCCCUGCGAGAGUUCCCUGCCGGUCACCAUCUCCAACCUGGUUGUAGGUCACGAGGGGCAGAUCGUGGUCCAGACGAUUGUGGGGGGAAGAGCCUCCCUCAAGGACAAAUUUGCCCUCCACCUCUACUCAGUCAACGGCAAGCACCUGUCUUCUGUCCCUCUGGACGAGCAGGUUACCUCUAUGUGCGUCACGGAGGACUUCGUUGUGCUGGGAACCCUUCAGUGUUCACUGCAAAUCAGGGACCUUCGGAGGCUCCAGCCAGCCAUUCCCUCCUUGAUCAUGAAGGUCCCCAUCCACAGUGUCUCCGUGACCAAAGAGAAGAGCCAUAUCUUGGUGGGUCUGGAGGACGGGAAGUUGAUUGUGGUCAGUGCAGGGCAGCCUUCGGAGGUGCGGACGGGGCAGUUCCACCGGCGGCUGUGGCGUUCAACACGGCGUAUCUCCCAAGUGUCCUCGGGCGAGACAGAGUAUCAUCCCACGGAGUCCAAAUAGAGGCCUCGUUUUUAAUUUUCCUGUUGCCUUGCAGCCACCCCUGCUGCCCUAUGAGACACCAGGUUCUUCUAAGGGAGUGUCCAGCGCCGCUGCUCUCAGACACUCUCUUUGCGCUGCCCCCCGAGUCUUACGGCUUGCAGGGCUGGCCUGUGGAAACUGCCUGCGGACUCCCUAGAAGUCAAAGCCUGCGCACGUCUGGAGCAGGCUCCUGAAUGCAGUGCGUGCAGCGGAACAAUCUGGGGGGGUGGCUUUCCUGAGCCCAUCCAGCUGUUCCCCACUGAUCAAUGCUAUAACUACUGUUGAUUCCUGCGGAGCUUGAAGUGGCAAAUGUUUGUAUUCGUUGUCUUACACUGGAGAGAGCGAGCCAGGAGGAUUGUGUGAAGGCUGCAGGAGUGCGCUUGCCCCCUCCCACUGUGUGGCAGAGUCGGGGGGCAGGAGGAACACAAGAGACGCCCCAGCAUCCAGACUGCAGUUUGGUCUUUCGGUGGUGGCCUUAAGGAGACUUUACUUGCACUACGCAGAAAACCUGCACCCAAAACUGAGGCCCGCUGCUUUCCUCUGCCCCAGUUGGUGAGAAGCCUUCUUGCUCUCUGAAGAAAGCUUUAAAGGAAGCCAGAAGGACGAAGCGCAGGAGCUCUUGAUCCUCAAGCUGGAAGCCAAGAAGGCCAGGCAGGGCAGGGAACCCACAAGCAUCGCGCCAGAGAUAGGGGCAGGCGGUGAAUCCUGAAUCUCUUACAGAGUGCAAAAAAUGGGAAGGGGGGUGACUGGCUUCCCCCACAAAUCUGGCUCCCUCUAGAGACAGGUGGGCUUGGGACUGGAGACCCUCCGUGGCCAGUUGGCUCUUGGGGAGGUGGGAGGCCCAGACAGUCAUUGGGGGCCGUCGGUUUCCAGCACCAGCUGAAGCGUGGGAUGCCCUGGGUACCUUCACUAGCAAUAAAGCCAUUCUUGGUGCCCGUGUGUCAUAACCCAGCCCUGCCUAAAGGCCAAAUGUUUCUCUGAGCUCCGAGAGGAGGGAAAGACCCUAGGAGUGGAAGAUGGCAUCCAGAAUGGUACCCCCAGCCAGGUGCCCUCUUGCAAAGCACCUCUCCCCUUUCAACCCUUUGCUCCUCACCCUCAAAAAAACUCCAUGCCCCCUUAGUAGGAACUGUCUGAGCCAUCUUACCCAAGGGCUGGCUGGUGGAAGUGGGUGACUCUCUGCUCCAUUCCUGAAGGGUUUUGCAGAACAGGCCUUGUCCUCCUUCUAAGCACCUGUUGAUAUCUACAGUUCUAACCAUCUGCACAGAGAAGAGGGCCAUAACCACGGAGGAGGGGGAAGGUUCUGAGAUAUCAGAAACCACAUGGGCGUCACGAAGCUGAAUUGGAACAGAUUCCAUGUUGGAAGGAGAACAUUGGCUUUGUCCUGCAGAGCAUCGACCUUUCCGUUCCUUGCUGUGGUUUUGAAAAUCUCCUUGCUCCACAGUUGUGUUUUUCCCAACCUUCUUGGGGUUCAUCCCAUUUCUUCAUCCACACGGUUGAAGGCUGCUGGGCUCCUGGAGGAGAGCACCUCUCUCUCCCCACAUUUACUUAGCUCCACUUAGCCUGGCGCAGGGUGAUCCCUCCUCCACUUGCAUGUCUGGAUGGUCCCUCUCUGCCUUAGGGUUUAGCCCCACCUCUGGGGCUACAGAGGGCCCAUUGAUGGGAUGAAAUCGAAUGCCCCAGAGAAGAACUGGUACCCACCUCCAUCCUCAUGAACCUUCCUUGCUGGGUUACAUUGUCUUCUGUUGUCAUCUUCAUCCCAAGGGAGAACACACUUCGUCCUGCAGGCGCAUCACGUUAGAAGAUGCUCAGUUACUGCUAGAAAGCCAAUCCAUUAUUUCCUCUCCAAGCUUCUCUGGUUUUUAUCAUAUUUUUAAUCAUCCCACUGUCCCUUCCUUGGCUCAUCCUGUGUGGCUACUACUGGUCAGGAGUGGGGGAAGAAAAGAGGCCAGCUGCUAUCCCAGUUAUUUGCAGAUGAGAAAUUUUCUCCGUCUUUUUCCUCCCUUUGAAAGCUGGUCCAGGUACCACCUGGGAUGCGUCACUGCACCCCAAAAGUGAUGCACUAGGAAGUUCAAAGCUUUCUUUUCCUUUCUGGCCCACUAACUCAUCUUUUCCUGCAUAGAAGGAAAAAGCUCUAAAUCAGUGUUUCUCAGCCUUGGCCACUUUAAGGUGGGUG